CUCAUAUAUUUCAGAUGAGAAUGAAGAUUUCCGGAAGCUUGCAGAAACAGAAAUUGCUUCCUGUGAAGAAGAGAUAGUUGAACUGAAACAACAGAUAGUGUUGCUUUUGAUUCCUUCAGAAGAAACAGAUGAGAGUGAUCUUGUCAUGGAAGUAACUGCUGGAGUUGGAGGGCAGGAAGCCAUGCUGUUCACCUCGGAGAUAUUUGAUAUGUAUCAACGAUAUGCUGCUUAUAAACAGUGGAAAUUUGAAAUAUUAGAAUACUUUCCCAGUGAACUAGGUGGCCUAAGACAUGCAGUAGCCAGUAUCGCAGGUGUUGAGGCUUACAAAUACAUGAAGUUUGAAGGAGGAGUGCAUCGUGUUCAGCGGGUGCCAAAGACAGAAAAACAAGGACGCAUUCACACCAGCACAAUGACUGUUGCAAUAUUACCCCAACCCACUGAGAUGAGGCUGCAAAUUAGUCCAAAAGAUCUACGGAUAGAAACAAAGCGAGCUAGUGGAGCUGGAGGCCAGCACGUCAAUACCACAGAUAGUGCUGUGCGGAUAGUUCACAUUCCAACAGGGAUUGUGUCUGAAUGUCAGCAAGAAAGAUCCCAAAUUAGAAACAAAGAGAAGGCUAUGCGAAUGCUAUGUGCUAAACUAUACAACGCCAAACUAGAAGAAGAAACCAAAAAGAGAAACUAUGCUCGAAAGAUUCAAGUUGGGACUAAAGGAAGAUCAGAGAAGAUCAGAACAUACAACUUUCCACAGGACCGGAUUACAGACCACAGAAUAAGCAGAUCGGUGCAUCAUGUUGAGUCUUUCAUGCUAGGGGAAGAAAUGCUAGACAAAAUGAUACAAACUGUGAGAGAAUAUGCUGAUUAUGAAUCUCUAAUGGAAAUUAUUUCAGAAAAUGAAAAAAAUAAUUCCUCCUGAACAUUGUUCUUUCUCAGGCCAUUGGAACAGACGUAAACUUUGGUCUGCAAAGAAGCUUCUCAGAGCACCACCCAGAAAAUGGAACUUCUUUUCAGAUCAUGAAAAACAUCCCAACUUGUUUCUUUGUGAAUAUUAAACAGUUUUCUUACCUGCUGAGUAAAAGACUUUAUUAUCUUCAUAUGACAUUUCUGCAGUAGUCCUUUUGAAAAGUUUAUUUGACUGCACCAGAAGUAACAGCAGUUUUUAACUUCUACUGGGAACUGAUACACCCCUCUCAAAAGGUAUGCAUGAAUUAAAAAAGGAGUUAUUUCUAGUUCCAUUUUCAUUUAACUAUGGCUUAACUAUUUCACAAUAGUAUGAAAUAGCUUACGUGGGAGAGCAAAAAAAUCCUAUUUUGUUUGGGUGAUUGGAAAAAAGUGAUAAAUAAAUGAUCCCAGUCUGUCUAUCCAAAUAUUUAUUAGUCACUUACAUGUGUUAUAGGAACAGGAGUCAAAGUAUAUCUCUGUCAUGUUUUCAAGGCCUUCUGGCCCUUAUUUAUAAAUGCAAAACAAGUUUAGGAAUAUCCCUUGUUCAAGGAAAAAAAGCCAUGGAAGCCAAUGUGAUGAAUCAUAAGAAUUGGUUUUGCAACAAAUGUUUCUGUUCUUGAAUCAAAAAUAAAAGUAAUUGUUACAAUAUUG